CUUCUGCCAACAUAACCCAGUCACCAGUUGGCAGUGACCCAGUCUUGCCACAUGGCAUGGCAUGGAUAAGAAGAACCCAUCAGCGAGGCCACCCACCGCCUGCGUGGCACAGUCCUUGCUGUCUGUCUGCCCCCUCCCCAACUGAGGACUGGAACAUCGACUCCUCCUUCAUCAGCAGAGGAGAGGUACGUAGGUCCCUUUAUGGGCAACAGGCAGUAAUAUGGUCGAGCCAGAGAUCGCGCACCCGCCCGUCGGCACAGACGAGUACGAUGCCUGGGCCGCGCAGGACAAGGGACCCAUCAUCCUCGCCACUUGCUGGCUCUUUAUGGCCCUGGCGCUCCUCUUCACGGCCGCGCGCGUGCUCGUGCGGCUCAAAAUGUACAGCAAGCUUCGGAGCGACGACUACUGGUGCGUAGCGGGUACGAUUUGCGGUAUUCUGUCGACAGCAUUGACCACCGUCGCCGUGGGUUUCGGUAAUGGACGACACUUGACCCUCCUCACGUCGUCAGAGAGGGAGCGCGUCAUCCUGUGGACGACAGCCGCCUUUUGCCCGGCCGUCCUCUGCCUCGGGCUGCCCAAGCUGGCCGUCGUCCGCCUGCUCACCAGGCUCAUGAACCCGUCCAGGUGGCACAGCUACUUCCUCUGGUUCCUGGCCAUCUGGUGUCUCGGCACCCUGGGCGCCACCGUCGGCACGCUCCUCGGGCAGUGCCAGCCGACCGAGUCCCUGUGGCGCCAGGAUAUCGAGGGCCGCUGCGUCGACCCCAAGAUCAUUGUCGACUUCUCCCUCUACGCCGGCACCUUCUCCGCCUUUGUCGACGUCUACCUCGCCGUCUACCCGGCCGUCGUGCUCUUCAAGCUCCAGCUCAAGCUGCAGAAGAAGAUUGCCCUCGUCGUCGCCCUCGGCAUCGGCUGCGUGUCCGGUGCCGUGGCCAUCUUCAAGACGACGCGCAUACCGAGCGGCCUCGCGAGUCCCGACUUUUCGUACGACUCGUCAGAUCUCAUCAUCUGGACCAUCAUCGAGGGCACCACAAUCAUCAUCGCCUGCACCAUCCCCGUCCUCUCCCCGCUCAUGGAGUGGCUCUUCCAUCGCAACCCCUUCCGCUCCUCGGUGAGGCGCACCACCAGGGACGGCUAUUUCAAGUCCAACCCCAGCAAGCGUCGCGAUCUGGAUGCCUCCGCCGCCUGCCGUACCUACACCUCCGUGCACUCCCUAGGCAUGGCCGACCCCGCGGUCGACUCGGACAGCCUCGAGCUCGUGCCGCGGAUCAGAAAGAGGGACGGCAGCACCUUGUCCACCACGGGCGACGCCGAGGCGGGCGGCGGCAUUGGGAGCAUGCGGAACUUCUCCAGGCCGGAAAAAGGCAGCGCCUCGAUGGACAGGGGGAUCAUGCGGACAGACGAGGUCGAGGCGUCGUACGACUCGCAGAGGACAAUGGAUACUGCCCGGCGCGGCGUGCCGCAAGGGGAGGCAUUGGGCGUGUGUGUGAAUCGAGGCACAGGAUAGGUAUUGAGACGUAUCGACAAUUGAAAUGCAAAUGCUAGUUAAUAGCCCGCCGUGCCAAUACUCAACUUGCAAUGCACUGCUUUCGUGGUAGAUAUCAACGGCAGGUCCUCUAUACGUACAUAUGG